AUAAUAUAACUUUUAUUAUAAAUAACUACUCACUUCUGUUAUAAAUUUUAAAUAUAUUGUCAUUAUUUCAAUGUAAUUUAAGAUUUAACAUAGAGAAUUUCGACUACAUUUAAGGAAAUAUAAGAAAGUGUCCUUUCCCUCGAUUUUAAUAAACUUUAAUAUGUUGAAAUAUAGCUCAAAGUUAGAGAUACGUAUUUGUUUACAAGUAUUUAAUCUCAUAUUAAAAAGUUAAAACAAUCUUUACAAAAUUUAUUUUGGUAAUUAUGCAGAAAAGGUUACACAGUACGGAUCUUUCUCAUUUUGACAUAUGUUAGGAAGGGUGAAGUACUAUAAAGUAAUUGUCAUCAUCUGCACAGAAAAUACCUCGGGAUAUUACUGUCCUCUGAUCAAGGAGAACCGAUCUAUUACCAGAUUCAAAUCUGUGGAGAUUACAAGAUCCUUCGGUCCGAAGGCUUCGGAACGAAUUGAUCAUAUAGACUGUUACGAGCAGCGUUCAUCCACCGUUCGACAUUUGUUCUUGAUUUAUUUUUUAUCGAAAAAAUCUGGCUUGAUCUGAGAGGACUCUUCGAUAUUUAUUUAUUUAACCAAGAGGCAUUCUAAAGAUGUUUUGCUAGGAGCAUACUUGCUUACAAAAUACGUUGAUCCUUGUUGACACUUGUCCAAUCUAUCACUAACCUCUUCGAUAUAUAUCUCUUCGAUAUAUUCAAAGUUAAUUGACUCUGUUGAUGAUAUUUCAACAAGACAAUCGAUCAAUUCUUCGAUUUAGCAGUAUAAUGAAAUAUAGGACUCCUUGGAACCUCAUUCCAAAUAUCUUUAUUGUGCCUAGCAUAGACUCUAGAGUUGAGCGGCAAAUAAAAUCGGAAGCUACGUAGAACAUAUUACCUCGCUUUGACAGAUAUUCGAUAUCGUUAUCUUUAUCCUUAGAAACACAGCCAAAAACGCAUUUCUUUUCACUAAUCACAGCUCGUGAUGUUAAAAGUGUGAUUGUGGGAGUUGCCUCUUUCCGAAUAAAUCAGUGUUACUAACCUGUACGAUAAUUGUGGGGGCAUACAAUUUUAAGUCUGGUACGAUGUAGGAUCUUGUCUGUACGAUAACUACUAAGUGUACGAUAAUUUUUUGAAAACAUUUUUUUCUUAUAUUUAACUUCUUAUAAAUUUCCAAAGCUAAGAUAUUCUGUUUUUAUCUGUAUUUAAUUGAUCACUUUAAAUAGUGAUCAAUUAAAAAUCUGUAAUAUCAAAAUGAUUAAUGAUUUUAAAACAAAUUGCCGCAAUUUUAUGAUCACUGGCUGUAAAGAAAUUUUAAAAAGAUAUGAUUUUUCCAAUCCAAUUUUACCGAAAUUGAAAUGGCUAAAUCCAAAAGAGGCUUUAUCAUCAAACGUUUCAAGAUCAUCAACUCUGCAACCAUUAAUGUGCUUACUUCCUAGAAUAGUAAAAGCUGAACAAAUGCAAAUUAUUGAUGAUCAAUGGCGAAAACUGUCUUUCACAAAAUUCCCGAAUAAUUUCAAAGAAUUACCUCCCGACAAGUUUUGGCUAUCUGUAAAAGAAUCUAAAGAUCAUUCUGGUUGCAACGAAUUUGACGAGCUUUGUAAUUUUGCUCUUAAUGUUCUGCUGUUGCCUCAUUCAAGCGCGGCUUGUGAACGCGUUUUUUCGAAAAUGAAUUCCAUUAAAACUAAAAGUAGAAAUAGAUUGUUAUUGUCUACAACAAAGUCUUUACUUCUGGCUUCACAGUGUGUGAGUAGAGCGGGUAGUUGCGGUAAAUUUGAUGUUACCGAAGAAAUGCUACAUUGUAUGACAAAAAAUAUAAUGUAUCCUAACAAGGCUUUAUCGAAACCAAAUACAUCAAGCUCAACUACAAAUCAAUUAGAUUAUGAAGAUUUGUAUGAAGAUAUUGUGUUUGAAGAAUUUUAAGACAAUAAGUUUCUAUUGGCUGUGUUCGGGGAGCUCACUAUCAGCGCUAAAACUCUAUAGUCAUGUCACGUAUACUAUAGAUUUUCAGCGCUACAUAGCGCUAAUAGCGUCUCCCCGAACGCACCCUAUGAUGCUUUUUACUCGUAUACCUGAUAAGUUAUAUAAAUACACAAGAAAUUGAUGUUCCUUUAUUAACAUUUAACAUUUUUAUUAUUUUUGUUUACAUAUCUGAUUUAUCUAUUUAUUUUAUGUCUUUUGUUAUAAAUAGAUGUUCUAGAUAAGUUAAGUACAAAAGUGCCUAUUUUUUUUGUGAAAAUGAUUUGUUAUUUUAUGUUUAUUAUUUUAUGUCAGGUAAAAUUUAAAUUUAUAUAAUGGUUGUCCAAAUUGUACUUGAAUAGGUAUAUGAACAUGUUUCUACAUAAUAAUGUUUAGUAUUUAUCGGAAGAAGCUAAAAUUGUAUUUCAAUCAAUAAAAUCCUAUUUUAGUUGCAUCUGGUUUUUACUUUCAAUUUUCUGAAAGAAGUGCGAUGAAAAAUGUACGAUAAUUUUGAGGUAAAUACGAUAAUUUGAAAGCUUGAGUACGAUAAGUUAGCGUUUACAGAUUGGUAACACUGGAAUAGAUACAUAUCACGCCUUCUGAGGACAAGCAUGACAAAUAGUCGCGUUCACUUGGUGACUGAACCUCUAUCACUACUUUUUGGACGAUGUUUUCUGGCUUCCAUGUAAUGCUCCCUGACAUAUUAGAAAACAUCGGCAUUAUCAGGAAGACCCAAUAAAUGUCUUUAUUUCUUUCUCUGGAAGAGACUUUCCACAAUAUCCACAAUGCAAUGGAUGCAUUGCAUUAUCUGAGCGUCAGGCUCGAUGAGAUACCAAGGCCUCGCUCCUGGUAGCCGAAUGUGGAAGCGAUUGCAUCGCCGUUGUGCGACUAAGUGCCGUGGACAUGAAGAAAACGUCUAAGGUGUCCUGGAGACGACUGCGUCUCUCCAGAGACUAAAUCCGUUAUCAGACUUAGAAUAUUCAGGGAGGAGACGCUUCCAAAA